GACGUCACGUGGCGCUACCGGGCGGCCCCGCCCCCUKUCCCCCGCCCCGCCCCGCCCCGCGCCGCUCCGGGACCCUCGGGCAGGAAGGAUCCAUCCACCAUGGAUCUGGUCCUGGAAGCCGCUGACCGGCAUCUGCUGACGCCCUAUGUGUACCCGGCGGGGUGGCCCGAGGGCGAGCCGUGCCGCCAGCUCCUCAGCCUCUUUGUCAUCACCAACCUGGGGGCCCUGGCCCUCUACCUGCUCUUUGGCACCCUCAGCUACUACUUCAUCUUYGACCACGAGCUCAAGAAGCAUCCGCAGUUCCUGGAGAACCAGGUGAGCCGGGAGAUCGCCUACGCCGUGCGCUCYCUGCCCUGGAUCAGCGUCCCCACCGUCGCCCUGUUCUUCGCCGAGGUGCGGGGCUACAGCAAACUCUACGACAACAUCGAGGACUCCCCGUAUGGCUGGUCUGGCGUSUUCCUCAGCAUGCUGUCCUUCCUCUUCUUCACCGACAUGGGCAUCUACUGGAUACACCGUGGGCUGCACCACAGGUUCUUCUAUAAGCGCUUCCACAAGCCCCACCACGUGUGGAAGAUCGCCACGCCCUUCGCCAGCCACGCCUUCCACCCCGUGGACGGCUUCAUGCAGAGCCUGCCCUACCACGUGUACCCCUUCCUGUUCCCCCUGCACAAAGUCACCUACCUGGGCCUCUACAUCUUCGUCAACGUCUGGACCAUCUCCAUCCACGACGGCGACUACCGCGUGCCGCGCCUGCUGCGCCACGUCAUCAACGGCUCUGCCCACCACACCGACCACCACCUGUACUUUGACUACAACUACGGGCAGUACUUCACCCUCUGGGACAAGAUUGGCGGCUCCUACAAGAGCCCCACGUCCUUCGAGGGCAAAGGUCCCCACGAUUAUCUGCGCAAGCUCCGGGAGAAGGACGCGGCGGCGGUGCCCAAUGGUGCUUCCAAGGCUGAGUAGGAUUCCUCUGAGCGUGUCCCUUCUCUGGCUGGGUCUUGUCCCGUUCCUYUCCAGCCCCUCGAGACUCUUUUUCACGGACAAAGAGCCCCUGUCCCUGAUGACGUGACCAGCRUGGGGUGAUUUUUGGUGAGCGUCCGGCCCGCCCCGAUCCCAAAACGGCGGCGUCCGGUCUCGCUCCACACCACAGAUCUGCCCUGUUUUUCCUACUGCUUCCCUUCCCAGCUCCUUUUGGAUCUCUGCUAAGGUCCCUGCGCUGCUUUAGUGCUGUGCUGCUGCUUUUCCCAGAAGAAUAACAUGGCACAAAUAGAACGUGGCACAAAUUAACUCGUGGCAGGGUCUCCGUUYGACUGCUGCUCCCUUUUCUCGGCGAUUCGUUGUUCCCAUCACGGUGUCCAUCGGGACRAGCUGUAUUUUGGAAAAAAGACCCUACCUUUUGGAGGUGGUGUAGGUCCUCCUGAUGGCUCCCUUGGUGGUGUUUCUUGGCACUCAAGCUCCUUCCUCCUGCCCGGGGRUGUCCCAUGGAAGCGUCGUGCCUGUAGGACAAAGGUGCACUUUGAGUUUUGUGGGUCUCUGGAGCUCCCUGAGAACAUUGAGGGGGGAGGGAGGAGGAGCAGGGACUCAGCUGUGAGGGGCAGGGGCUUCACCUCACUCGAGGUUUGUGGCCAGCCUCCCCCCUUAAGGCCCUGGGUGUUUCCUGCUGAAAUGUGGUCACCCUGCCUUUGGGGCUGACCCACGGUCAAUAAACUCACUUGCCAACUGGGCUGCUGUUUGGUCCCUU